UUACGGGUGACUUCAUACUCAGGAAGGCUUUUACAUCUUUGAAACCAAGCAAUUAACUUUGGAUAUUUCUCUGGAUCAAUUGGUAUCACAUUAUUAACGCUAGCGAUAGAUGAAACUAGGCUGUAAUCAGCAAUGAUAUGGCUAGUUAUCUGAAUCGAUAAAACGAGUGGAACUACGCGAGAUACAACUAGUAUUCCAGUGUAACUUGUUAUAACCACAACCAUGGCUAUCACUUUGUACAUGGUCGCUCCAAGUCCUGCGGUACGUGCCGUACAAAUUACAGCAAAAGCUCUCGGGAUAGAACUGAAAGAGAAGCCUUUAAAUUUUAUGGAAGGUGAACAUUUAAAACCAGAAUAUCUUAAGAUUAAUCCCCAACACACCGUACCGACCAUUGUUGAAGAAGACGGUUUCACUCUGUGGGACAGCAAUGCCAUUAACGCUUACCUCGUUUCAAAAUAUGGCAAAAAUGAUUCCCUCUAUCCUAAAGACUUGAAGAAAAGGGCAAUUGUUGACCAAAGACUUCAUUUUAAUAAUGGUGUUGCUUUUGCCACUGGUUUAAAAAUUAUUGGUGCUAUUCUUCGCGCUGGUAAAACAAAAAUCGAUGAUCAAGAUCGCGAAGAACUUAACAGAGUUUAUGGAUUUGUGGAAGCAUUCCUUCAGAGCAAACAAUGGAUUGCUGGUGAUUCUGUAACCAUUGCUGACUACAACUUGUAUGCCACUCUGAGUGCUAUGAAUGUUUUGGUACCGAUCGAUGCGCAGAAAUACCCAAAAGUAGCAGCUUGGUACAAAAAAGUUGAUGCUUUACCGGAAGUUGACGUAAGCAAAGAAGGGUUGGCUAAAUUCGAGGCCAUGAUUAAAAGUAAACUUAAGUAAUUAUUUAUUGUUUUUUUUUUAAAUAAAUGUUUAGUGAAGUUAA